AUGCAGGCGGCGCCACCACCACCUACUGGAAUAAACAAACAAAAAUGGCUGGGGAAGAUCGAGGCUCGUGGAGGCCUCGAGGGUUCUGGAUCUGACAAUAGAUUGAAGCUCCAACCAGGCGACCACCUAUUCUGGUUCUCAAUCCUCUCGAUCUUUGAGAUCCGAUUCCCGUCGAGCUUGUUGCUAAAGGUAGAAGAGAUGAUGGUCCAGACUAGAAGAAUUAGGGAGAGGAGUUGA